AUGUCACUUCCAAUUCCAGCCAUUGAGUUCAAUUCCACCGACCCAUCGUCACCAAGCUAUUAUAAGCCUUCGGAGACAGCAUUACUUCUCUUAGACUUCCACAGUGCUUUUUUGGGAAUGGCUGGGGGUGCUGCAACCGCUUUGGAAAAUGCAACUAAUUUGCGAUCUUGGGCCAAGUCUCAAGGAAUUCAUGUGAUUCACGCACUCAUUGAUGAAGAGCUUCAGCCUUUGCCAAGUUACAGAGGAGCCAAGAUGUUGAGUGGCUUUCUAGCUACUAUUAAGCAGUCCGGUGGAUCUGUAGAAGCUCCACAAUUGUUGGAAGGAGCCGGAAAUGAACCAAGGUUCACGAGAAGACCGGGUUUGAUUUCUGCACUUACCCCAUCGGAUAUUCGUGAACACUUGCAAAAGAAUGGGAUCAAGUCACUUAUUCUCACUGGAAUAAGCAGUUCCAAUUGUGUGUUAAGAACUGGAAUUCUGGCUACUGAGUUGGACUUUGUUACCACUGUGAUUAGCGAUGCUUGUGCUGAUCGCGACCAGGAAAUCCACGACACUGUGAUGCAGAAAUUGUUGCCUGGCCGUGCCCAUGUCACCACCGCGGCAGACUUUCAGAGCAAUUACGGAAAGAAAGAAUAG